AAGUUUCUCUCUUUCGUCCCAUCAGAUAGUUCUGUUUGGAAAACUGCUGUGCCUCGAUCGAACUACAUAUCCAGAAGACCAAAUUAACUUUCAGAGCAUCACUUGUACUCACCAUGUCAACUCAGCUCAUCCAGUCCUACCAUGAAGGGGCCUACAGCUCUCUGAUGAGAGGCUUGAAAAAGCUGGACCUCCGCGGCUCCUGUGUUCCCAGCAACCUGGUGCUGACUGGAGACCAUGCCUUUCCUUUAGCCAUGAAUAGCCGAGGCCAAGUCCUGAUGGCUGCCUCUCUGUAUGGCCGUGGAAGGAUUGUGGUCCUGGGUCAUGAGGGCUACCUCACCGCCUUCCCUGCUCUAGUAGAGAACGCUCUGACCUGGCUGAGAGGAGAUGGAUCUGACAACCUGUCUGUGGGGGUCCACAAGAACGUCAAGGCAGUUGUUGAUAACCUCAGCAAAUCCAGCUUCCAAGCCAAUGUUGUGGAGGCCUUUGGUGACAAUCUUGGGGUCGGUGUGUAUGUGACAGAUGCCUACAGUGUAGGUGCAGACCCAAAGGACCUGGUGGCAUUUCUGAAAGCUGGAGGAGGAGUGUUAAUAGCAGGUCAGGCAUGGAGCUGGGCUUCAAAGCAUCCUAAGAAGAACACGCUGCUUCAGUUUGAAGGGAAUAAGGUGUCUGGUUUGGCAGGGAUCUACUUCUCUGAGCAUCAGGGUGAGGUCGAGUGCCUGCCUGUGUAUCCUCAGAUCCCAUCCUCCUGGUUGGCUUUAAAAGUCCGUAAGGAUUUUGAGGAUGACUUGGAGUUCUUACUCCAGGGGGUUUCAGAGUUUGACCUCCAGGGUAAUUUAUUGGCUUCUGAAGCUCUGGUCCACGGCCCGCUAGCCUUUCCCAUUGGGACCACAGAAGAUGGACGGGUGUUCCUUGCAGGAACCUACUAUGGGCAGGGACGGGUCAUUGUGGUGACUCAUGAAGGACUUCUUGGACGCGAGACAAUGGCUCCACUCUGGAACAACGCCAUCCACUGGUUGGAUCAAGGCCGGAAGGGGGUCGUUGGUUGUGUGCCAGGACUCAACGCCGUCCACAAGUCAGGGUUAAAGUGUGAGAAGACAAAGUUCAGGGAAGACCUGAGUGUAUUUGUGUGUACAGCAUACAGCGGUGACCAUGUGGAGGAAAUCCAAGACUUUGUAGCAGCGGGAGGAGGCCUGCUGAUUGGUGGGCAUGCCUGGUACUGGGCACAGACAUAUGGUGGGCAAAACCCAAUGACAGAUUUCUCAGGAAACAAGAUCCUGAACAAAAUGGGCUUGAGCCUGUUGGAGACAACAAUUAGUGCAGGUUCCUACAAGGUCCCCGUGCCUCGCGAGGCCGUGAAAGACACCCUCCACUUCCGCUAUCUUCUGCGUCGGUUUGCUGGUCAUAUUACCCAGGGCAAAGAACUUACCCUGCAUGAAAAGGAACACCUUAAAAAACUGGACAUGGAGUGUGCCAGCUUCUUGAACAUGAAGGCUUAUGACAGCUUCGCCUACACACAGAUAUUGUCCAUCCUCACUGACAUAUUCAAGAAGUCGGGCAUGCCACAGGCGAGUGAGCAGAACCCUGUGAAGAAUCCCAAAGACCGCCUACUCCUCAAUGUGGGGUCAGAGUUAUACAGAGUUUCCCCUGAUCCUGAUGCCCUCCUGCCCUACCUCAUCAAGCACAAUCCCGAGGUGCCUUUGGUCCAUAUCCAAACGAUAAGGAUCAAUGCUGACGCAGCAGAAGAGACGAAGUGGAUUAGUACAGGUCUGUACCUCCCUCCUGGUAUGAAGACCGAGAUGAUCAUGCCAGCAGAGAUGGUCAACAAGAGAUGGAUGAUCCAGAUAGGCUGUCAAACAGACUACUUGAGAGCUGAAGAGUUGAAGAGAGCACCACGUGUUUAUGAGAAAUUUCCUAUUACCAAAGAAAAGAUGCAGGUGUGGAACCUGUGGGGGGGACUCAUCUACCUGGUGGCUCCACCUGACUCAAAGGUGGAGGGGGCAGAGGUUAUAGUGCAGACAGCUGCUACUGCUCCUUAUUACAAGUCCGGUGAGACAACCUCAGCUGACUGGUCCUUGCUGCGCACUGCUCCCUCACCCUGGGCAGAAUUGGAGUUUGACAACAUCAUCCUCACUGUACCAUCAGAUUUUGUUCGGGACAUGGAGCGUCCUGACUUGGUGGCAGACCUUUGGAAUGACAUCAUGAAAGCUGUCGCAGAUCUGGCUGUCAUACCACCCAAAUUUCCCCGCAAAGAACGCAUUGUAGCAGAUGUGCAGAUUUCACAUGGUUGGAUGCAUGCAGGCUAUCCUAUCAUGAUAUACACGUCUGCAGGAGCUCAUAUGGUUAAACCAGAUGAUAUCAGGGCCAAAGGAAUGUGGGGACACAUUCAUGAACUGGGACACAACCAGCAGAGACGCUGCUGGGAGUUCCCAUCACACACCACGGAGGCCACAUGUAACCUGUGGUCUGUGUAUGUGCAUGAAGAGGUGCUUGGGAUCAACAGGACAAAGGCUCACCCAGCUAUGACUUUAGAAAGUCGAAAGAAACGAACAGAGGAGUAUGCUAAGGGGGGCAAGAAACUCAGCAACUGGUCAAUGUGGGUGGCCCUGGAGACAUAUAUGCAGCUCCAGGAAAAGUUUGGCUGGGAUGCCUUUAAGAAGGUGUUUGCUGCCUACCAUGAGAUGAGCAACUUUCCCGGAGACAACAUGAAAAAGAUGAACCUGUAUGCUGAGAAGUUCUCCCAGACUGUGGGGAUGAACCUGUGUGGAUUCUUCAAGUCCUGGGGCUGGCCCAUUGAAACAGCCACUGAAGAGAAACUCUCCAGCCUGCCUCCCUGGAAGGACCACCCCAUGGUCCAGUACGACUGUACUUAAGACUGCUGAUGAUUAAAGUGCAGAGGGAUGGGUAUUAGUUGAUAAUCAGUAAUUAACUAUAUGUGUAACUGGGUUGAUUUUUGUUAUUGUAGUAGUGAUUUCAAAUAAUAAUGAAAAUAAUUGAUAAAUUGUAUCCUAAUCAAGAAAAUGCAUUUAUUUGGCACAAAUCUACUGUUUAAUGUUGAGCAUGAGAUUACUGAAGAAAAGAAAAAAGUUCAGUGCUGAAAGAAGGGGAACUUCUAAGAAAGUUGAAAGAAGAGUUAAUGGUCCAGAAAAAUGAAGUCAUUCAGUUCAUAACAAUUCUAUUAAUGUACUUCUUCACAUCCGUAGUGCUGGUGACUCUUCUCCUGACUCUUAGGAUGCUGAAAUUGAAAGUUAGAUGAGACUGCAUCACUCUAAAGCAAGAGCUCUCUA